AGUGCUCGGUUUUAUGCGAGUGAGGAAGCGAAACCGAGGACGGAGAAACCACAGGAAGUGACGAGUUAAAAUGCUAGCCAUCUCGUAAAUUGAGCAUAGAUUUAGAUAUAAAUUAUGAUCUUGUAAACUCGAGUGUAUUUGGAGAUUUUAUGAUACCAGAGUAGAUUUUAAGAUUUUAUCUUCAGAUUUUUGUGGUAUCAGAUUGUGAUAUGAUAAGUUCCGAGCCUUGUGCAUUUGUGGGACCCUCUCACGAGUGCACGGCGUCUGUCGCAUCCCCGGAUAUGGAUUUUGAGGCGUGACACCUCCGGUACGACAAAGUGUGAUAUCAUUGACAAACGCUCUUGCCAUAUUGUGCGUCGUCAGAGGGUGAUCUUGGUUGUUAUUGUCCAUCGAGCACCGCACCACCAUGCAAAUGUAGGGUUGCAAAUGUUACUGGCUUCACGCUAAUGCACCGAACUGCGUUGACUCUCUGUUCACUUUCAAGAGUUAGUGAGAUAAAAUAUGUAGAAAUCUAACCUUUCUUUCAUUGCCAAGAGUCAGUGUGAUGAAGAUAUGCAAAGAUAUGUAACCUUUUACCCAUCGCUGGAUGCUAAAUAAGAUAAUAAAUUUGGUCCUUUGUCCAUCACUAAGAGCUAUAAGAUGUAGCAGCAAAUAUAGUUGUGAGGGACUUACCAUCAAAACGUCCAGCCAUGUAUAUAAAAAUGGAUGCUACACAAAAACUAAGAAUAACGUGUCUAAUGUGAAGAAUAAGUCUUGUGGGCUUUUGCUAACCAUCUCAUCAUCAUCACAGCCUCCACCUUCAUCACCGGUAAUCACCAAAGCAGAAGGGUUCGGCAGCUACCAGAAAUGGGGAGAAGAUGAAGCAGAUCUAGCCGGUAAUCACAGAAGCGAAGCAUUCACUGAAUCUCCAACCCACCGGCGACAGGUUGAGCGGCGUGCGGCGUGUGGCGUUCGUCGUUCGUGAUGAAGAAGGAGAACAGAAACAGAUUUGCAAUCGGAAAUCCAUUGUUUUUUUUGUUUUUAGUUUGAACUUAGGUGUACCGGUCAUAUUUCGUUGUGUCGGCCGGUAUACAAAAUUCCGACCGGUACACCGGAUUUUGACCGAAACGGUCGGAUUUUGACCGAAACGAAAUUUGAUGUUGUAUCGUUUCGGUUAAAUGUUAAAACCGGUACGUACCGGCCAUACCGGCCGGUACGGUACGAGAUUGACUUCUUUACUCGAUACACUACAUUGAAUAAUGAUAAUAUCAUCAA